AUGGAUGCUGCACUCCAGGCGAUGAUCUCGUGUCCCACUGGUAGCAUUCGCACGAAUGAGCCUCUUUCCAAGACAAAAGAGGUUCUCAACACUUUCCCCAUACUUGUACAUGAGCAAUUGCCUCGGGCGUUUCAUCUCGGUUACCACAGUUCCAAAAGCUUUGGUGCGGCUAGCUAUUUUUUGGCUGGGGGACCAAGUGGAAGACCCUUCAACGUAAUGUACGACUCGCCCCGUUACUCCUCUCGGCUGGCAAAAGUGCUGGAAGCUGCUGGUGGCGUUCAUCUGAUGGUACUAAGUCACAAGGACGAUGUAGCCGAUCAUGAACGUUGGAAGGAGCGCUUCCCUGGAAUGACCCGUGUAAUGCACAAGCAGGAUGUGCGUGGGCCCUUAUCUUGGCCCUACAUUGACAUGACUGGAGUAGAAAUGCAGUUGGAGGGCGCUGGACCCUGGACUUUGGCGGAGGGCCUGAAGGUAGUUUUCACACCAGGCCAUAGUGCGGGCUCUAUUACUCUCAUUGCUGAAGGAUCACGAACUGGUGGGGAUGGGGUAGCCUUUACCGGUGACCACCUAGCACUGAGUGGCCGCCUUGGCCGAUUGGAUGGUUUCGCGCGCUAUUCCGAAGAUACCAAGCUACAGGCAGAUUCCAUGUUAAAGCUGAAGGGUGAGGACGUGCUGUGGAUCCUUCCCGGACACGGCCGACGGAUUCGCUUUGAAGAUCCUGCGAGCCGGGAGCAGCGGCUGCAGCGGGCAGCUCAAGAAUAUCGCGAUGACCCACGAGGUCAGAUGGACUUUGCAGAGUUCCUGAAAGUACGCUUGGCCCUUGCAAACGAGUACAAAGAGGCUGUCAAACAUCAGCGUCUUCGAGCCAGUGGUUCCUGGGACAUUCAGGAUCCCACACUGCGUCAAGAGUCAAGACGAGGACUGGGACUGGGACGCAUAAAGCUCCGUCAGAACAACACGCGAGCCUACCUGGCUUCAGUGGUUAAUGAGCAGUCCAGGCAGAGACGAGAAGCGAACUGGGCUCCCAGCUUCCAACUAGAUGAUGUAAAACUUUCGGAAGUGGCCAGAAAAAUAUCCAAGAGCGAUGUGGAAUAUUCAGUCCAGCGUGCAGAGAGAGAUUACGUGGAUGUUUGCAAGGAGAUCGAACUGCUGAAGAAGCUGCAGGAGGAGGUCGAAGAUGAGCCCUGCUGCAUGGAGCAGAUGGAGCAGCCGGAGCAGGAGCCCAACCCGCCAACCUCUGAGUCUGACGGUUCCGAUCAAGGGUCCCCGGCCGGCGGGGGGUUCGGCAUGAAGCGCGUUCCCUCCGUUGCGCUGGUUGACAGAGAGGAGGAGCAGGGCGACGACGACGAUGAUGGUGCCAGUGUGGCCUCAUCUGUGAGACCACCAGACCACACGAAAGGUUUUGGCAUUUCAAAAGAAGUGCUCCACGAUCACGGACUUCGUGCAACAGGGCGUAAGGACGACUCAGUGUGUGAGAGCAGCAACAGGAGAAGUAUGUCCCACACCGAUUUGGCAAAUGCCAAGACUCUGAGGUGA